AUGGGUGAGAAGGACGACGUCGAACUGCCCGCUCUGUCGAGCUCUCCACUGGCAAGUGAGGGGCUCGACCACGACCACGACCAGCUUGUUCUCAUCCCUAGGCCUAGCAACCUUACCCAGGACCCCUUAUGUCAACUGCAGAAUUGGACCUUAAAACGCAAGUAUGCAAUUACUGCGGUGCUUUGCCUGGCGUCCUUCGCGGGAGCUGUAGCACCACUAUCAGGGCAGCUCAAUCUUGCAGACCAAGAAAAGCUCUACCACAAGACGAAAACAGAAGAGUCAUAUCCAAACUCAGCCGCCUUAGCCGGUAUAGCAGCAGGGCCUUUCUUCUUUGCACCCAUCUCGCAUCUUCUCGGCCGUAGCUCGGUUAUCUUCUGGUGUCUAGUAUGCACUCUGGUCUGCCAGGUCUGGGGAGCUGUGAUGACCCACGCCGAUGACUAUAUCCCGUUCAUCAUCUCACGACUCUUCGCAGGCUUCUUUGGCGCCGUUCCCACAGUCCUCGGACCGCGCAUCCUGACAGACCUAUUCUUUCUUCAUCAGCGCGGGCGUGCAUUUACAUUCCUGCACAUGUCAUUCCUCUUCGGAACCAUCGCCGGCCCAACCUUCUCUGGGUUUAUAUCAGCAAAUGCUUUCUUCCCGGUCGAAUUCUGGUGGACAGUCGGCCUCCUUGGCUUCACGAUAAUAUGCUGCCUCCUCGUCCUCGAAGAAACAGGCUUCGACCGCGAAGACACUUCCAAAAACCCCGAAAUCCCAGAACGCUUCCUCGCCAACCGACUAGCAACCUUCUUCUUCGGCACGCGCGUCAUCCAACCCACCACCUGGGAAGAAACCGCUAAGAUAAGCCUCGCCCCCUUCCUCGUCGGCCUCUGCCCCGUCACCAUAAUCAUGGGCAUAUUCACCCUAAUCUCCUUCGGUUUCUACGUCGGCGUCAACGCUCUAACCCCCGUGUGGCUCCAAAGGCCCGUCUCCGCUGGCGGCUACGGGUUCACCCUGAAACAAAACGCAGCCUUCACAUUCUGCCACUGGCUCGGCAUCAUCGUCGUCCAGUUCUACAGCCACGGGCUGAACGACCGGCUCCCGCUCGCGCUCGCUCGGCGCUGGAACAACGGGGUCUGGAAGCCCGAGUACAGGCUGCAUGUACUGUGGUUGCCCAGUCUGGUGCUCAAUCCGAUUGGGCUGGGGAUCUUCGGUGCGGCGCUCAAGUAUCAUUUGCAUUAUCUGGUUCUUGCGCUGGGCGUGUUUCUGGUUACGGUGGGGUCGUUGGCUAGUGUGCCUGUUACGGUGAAUUAUGUUGUGGAGUGUUUUACGAGGUUUCCGGCUGAGGCGGGGAUUGUGGUGGGGGCUUAUAGGAUUGUUUUUGGGUUGACGAUUAGUUUCUAUAUCAAUCCGUGGGUGGAGGCGGUGGGGGUGGGAUGGGUGUAUGGGAUGAUGGGGUUUUUUGCGGUGUUCUCAUUUCUUUUUGUGAUGUUGUUGAUGUGGAAGGGGCAUGCGAUUAGGAGGGUGCAGUUUGCGAGUUUGGCGUCCAGUGAGGAAGGGGAGAGGCUUGUACGGUAG